AGGCUUGGAUUUGAGAAACCCACACUCAAUUCCCUCCUCUGCCUGGGUUCAAGUCCCUUCUCAGACUUCCUGUGUGACCUUGGGAAGCCUUUCUCUGCCUCAGUUCCCCAUCUGUACAAUGAAGAUAACAACACUUCCCAGCCUCACAGGGGCUUUGGGGAGGAAAAUACAUGGAAGACUGAAGUGCUCAGACGCUACAGCAAUGGAUGCCAUUUAAGUACUUUAGGUUACUACAGGCUGUAGCAUUAGCCCUUGGAACUUGUGGGCUUUUUGUUUUGUCUGCCGUAGACAACCCGUCAUAAUUUAGACAAGAUUGUCAUUUAUGGUAUGUAUACCUGGUAAGGUGUCAUCAUGCUUUUUGCAUUGUCAUAGCUAUAUUGAUCCCAGGAUAUGAGAGAGACAAAGAGGGGGAGGUAAUAUCUUUUAUUGCACCACUUUCUAUUGGUGAAAGAGACAAGCUUUCAAGCAAUGUGGAGCUCUUCUCUGUGUAACUCAAAAGUGUCUCUCUAUCACCACCAGAAGCUGGUGCAAUAAAAAAAUAUUAGCUCAUACCUACCUUGUCUUAGUGGUGCUUUCACAUGUGUUAGCUCCAUAGUUGUAAAUUCUAGUGUGGACAAUACAUAAAUAUUUGUGGCAUUGUGACUAAAAAUUCAAGGGUGUGUGUCCCUGGAUGGCUACAUUUCAGAUGUCAAGUGGAGUGUAUUUGUGGAGAGGAGCCACACCAAGUGGGAGUGACCCAGCCAGAAUUCCUCUAGACAACACUCUUUUUUCAUAGGGGUGCAGUCUAUACAUUUUCCUUCCUCUCACUCUCAUCCUGAUGCAGGUUUGCUGGCCAGUAUGGAUGGAGAUGGGGCCAUGGGCCUGCUCUCACCUCAGCUGCAAGGGAGUGCAGGCAUGCACAUUGUGACUUCACCAUUCCCUUCCCCCAGCCACAAUCUGGCCUUAAAUAUUUUGCAGACCCAAGCAACCACCUGAUCUGCCUGCAUGGCUUAAUUGUCUUGGUUACUAUGGUUAGCCAUUCAGAAUUAGUGCAUUUUUCUCUUUUUCUUGAGAGUGAAUAGGAAUGCAUUUGAAUUUCAAUGCUACACAGAUGUGGGGAGGGAGCAUGUAAAGGUCAGAGGAGCUGAGGAAUGAGAGUGAGCUGUAAGGUCUGGACUUUACUCUCUCAUGUAAUCUGUAACCAGACAAACUUCACCCAAAACCCAGUCGAAUGCAAAACAAAAAAGACACCACAUUGAACCAAAAAGGGCACACAUCCAGAAGAGUACCCUUUGCUGUGACUUUGGAUAAAUGAAAGCAUGGUCCAGAGGGUGGCAAUCAUUGGAGCUGGGUCCAGUGGACUGGCCUCCAUCAAGUGCUGUCUGGAUGAGGGGCUGGAGCCCACCUGCUUUGAGCAAAGUCAUGACAUCGGGGGCCUCUGGAGGUUCACAGAAGCGGGGAGGAUCUGUGUCUACAGAUCGGUGAUAACCAACACCUCCAAGGAGAUGAUGUGUUUCAGCGACUUCCCCUUCCCAGAGGAUUUCCCCAACUACAUGAACCACUCCAGGCUCCUGGAGUAUUUCAGAAUGUACGCCAAGCACUUCGGCCUUCUCAGAUACAUACGCUUCAAGACCACAGUUCAAAGUAUAAGGAAACGCCCAGAUUUCUCCACCACUGGCCAGUGGGAUGUUGUCACUGAGACUGAUGGGACGGUUGAGUCGGCCGUUUUUGACGCUGUUAUGGUUUGCAGUGGCCAUUAUGCAGAGCCCCAUUUACCACUGGAUUCUUUCCCUGGUAUAGAAAAUCACUUUAGAGGCCAGUACCUCCACAGCUGGGAAUACAAAGACUCUGCCAGUUUCCAAGGGAAGAGAGUCCUUGUGCUCGGUGUUGGGAAUUCUGGAGGAGAUAUCGCCGUGGAGAUCAGUCGGGUGGCUGCUCAGGUGUUUCUCAGCACCAGAAGUGGCACGUGGGUGAUUAGUCGUAUUUCAGACCAUGGCUUCCCUGUUGACAUGAUGCUCACCACUCGCUUUCACAACUGUCUCGAAAACUUCCUCCCAUCAGCCCUCAUGAGAUGGCUAAGGCUGAAGAAGUUCAAUACAUGGUUUGACCAUGCAAAUUAUGGCUUGAUUCCUCAGAAAAGUCCAAACCUAAGCUUAACUGUGAAUGAUGAGCUGCCAAGCUGCAUCCUCUGCGGUACAGUUGUGGUAAAACCAAACGUGGAGGAGUUUAUGGAAAGCUCAGCUGUCUUUGAAGAUGGGACCGUAGAGGAGAACAUCGACAUGGUGGUCUUUGCUACUGGAUACACUUACUCUUUUCCCUUCCUUGAAGAGUCUGUUCGCAACAACUGCAGAAGCAAGUACGCCCUUUACAAAUACAUCUUCCCACCCCCUCUGGAGAAGCCGACGCUGGCUGUCCUAGGCCUUAUAGAGCUAACAGGCUCCAUCAUGACAGGAACAGAACUCCAGGCUCGUUGGGCCACAAGGGUCUUUAAAGGGUUGAAUCAGCUCCCUCCUGCCAGCAGGAUGAUGGCUGAAGUUGCCAAGAAGCAGCAGCAUCUAAUUAAACAGGGUUUUUCCAACAAGGAGAGCAAAAUCAAGACGAGUUACAUUGGCUACAUGGAUGAAAUUGCAUCAUGUGUUGGUGUAAAACCCAACGUGCUGCUGCUCUUCCUGAAGGAUCCCAAGCUGGCCCUGGAAGUUUUCUUUGGCCCAUGCACUCCUUGCCAGUAUCGCCUGGCUGGACCAGGAAAAUGGGUAGGAGCCAGGAACACCAUCUUGACCCAGUGGCACAGGGCUGUGAAGCCCCUGAGAACUCGAGUCAUCAAUGAUUCUUCCAAUCACUCUUUGGUUUUCCAGUGGCUUACAAUUCUUGGCCUUCCUGCACUCCUUUGUGCUGGUUUACUUAUUUGUAAAUAUUCCCCUCAGCUGUGGUUCCCCAGGGUAAGAUUAGGUGUUUUUUCCAUAUGUAAAAUGGGCUUUAUGAAAGGAGGGCUCUGAGUAGCUGGUGAAGGUUCUAAGCUGGAACCAUUCAUCAGUUCCAAAAAAAUUCAGACUCUUCCAGCCCAGCUCAUCCCAAUCAGAUUGACACCAGAAACCACCCCUGGCCUAGGCACUUUGCGAAUACACACACUUGCUCUCCAGCUAAUAUGAAGUUGGCCCUGAGGUAAACCGCUGGAUGAGGAAGCCCGGACAAUGCAGAGCCAGAGAGAGCAACAGAGACUAUAGGGAUUGCCAACUCAAUCAAUGCCUCAGAUUAUUACAGUUGAGAUGUCAGAUGUUUCAUUUGUCUUUCACCAUUGACCCUGCUUGUGUACUGAUUACAUAUUGUUUGUCUUGGAUUAUGAAAGUAGACUAGUCACCUUCUCUUUUGUACAGAGAGAAGUUGUAUAGAUAAGUUUCUAAUCACUUUCAUUUUCUGAUUCUUUCCCAUUGUGUGCUUUCUACCAGGUGUAGUGCUUACCUUAGCCGAUGAGCCACACUCCCUGGUGCCCUGCACCUUAUGUAGUUAUUUCCAACAAAUAAUUAUCUUGUUUCAUACCCCACUCAACGUUAACCUGGGUUUGAUUUACCGCAAAGGCAAUGGAGCCUUUUGAAUUGGUUUUGUACUGGACAUGGAAUUUGUGCUACAGCAGAAUUUCGGUGGCAUUUAUAUACAGUCCAUUAUGUCAGUAUGGGCAGCCAUAAACCAUGAUACAUAUUGUUGAGGACUGCCAGAUGACUCAACUUCCUGGAGGUCUUCAAGCCUUGAACAUCAUUGUUAAGAACACUGUGACUUGGCUUGAUCAAAUUGCAUACACAAAAUAAAUAAAUACAAUAAAUGUCCAACAAUACAAACAGGAUGCAAAUCUUUAGCAUUCUGAUUAUAGUAGCAUUUUACAGUUAUUUGGACAGAGGCAGGACUAAGAAUUAUCUAGACCAUCCCUGACAGGUGUUUGCCUAACCUGUUCUUAAAAACCUCCUGUGGUGGAAAUUCCAUCAUCUCCUUCGGUAAUUUAUUUCAGUGCUUAACCAUCCUGACAAUUAAGAAGUUUUCCUAAUGUCCAACCUAAAUCUUCCUUGCUGCAUUUUAAGCCUAUUACUUCUUGUCCUGACUUCAGUGGUUAAGGAAAACAAUUUAUCACCCCCUCUUUAUCACAACCUUGUACAUACUUGAAGACUAAUAUGUCCCUCCUCAGUUUUCUCGUCUCCAGACUAAACAAGCCCAUUUAUUUCAAUCUUUCCUCAUAGGUCAUGUUUCCUAGACCUUUAAUGAUUUUUGUUCCUCUCCUCUGGACAGUCUCUAGUUUGCCCAUGUAGUGAUUCUAUGGCUGUCCCUCCUCAUCAGGCUCAGAGGGAGGCUACUCUGUCUCACUAUGUCAGUAAGGGUGUCAAUUAGCAGGCUAGGGCUCUGUAUUUCAGGACAGGCAAAGCAACAAGCAGUCUUUAGCCCAAGGCCUCCUGGCUUGGGCAGACAGCAACUGACAAUCUAAGAACUCUGAUCCUUUAGCUACAAUCUUCACGCUGGAGCAGGCAGCAAACACUGUCUGGGGCUCUGGGUGGGCAGAGCAAUAGGCAGUCUUUAGCCUAUGUGAGUAGGCCUGCUGACCUCAGGUGACUAAGCCACCGCCCCCCCAGGGGAUCUGGGCCCAACACAUUCCACUAGGUCCCAGCCCAGGCCUCUAACAGUGGUGGGUGGUCUCACCACUACGUCAGCAAAGCAGUUACUGAAAAACAUUGACUCAUUUUCUGGCCACACAACCGGAUUAAUGUCUGGCUUCCCUGGGCUACUUCCUACCCCUGCCUAUAGGGCUCCGUUGCUCAUGGAUCCUCAAUUUUCUUGGGUUAAUCAUCUGACAGCAGUCUCGGCAGCUCCCUUCCUUCGGGGUUCUCCGGGGCAGAGACUGGCACAGCUCAGUCCUUGGUCCAGGAGCUGGCCACAAGGCAGAGACAUCUGACUCCUUCCCUGGCUCUGGCCCAACUGAACUAGAGACCCUACCUCUUAUACUUCCCGUCCUUUCCUCUGCUUUUGGCACAGAGGCGAGACUUGUCUAACUCUGCCCAAUAGGGGGCAGAGAGUGGUUCCUCUCCAUCAGCCUCAGAAGGAGGGCACUCUGCUUCACUACAAUCCACAUUUCCUGAAAUGUGGUGCCCAGAACAGGACACAAUACAAUAGUUGAGGCCUUAUCUGUGCUGAGUAGAGUGGAAAAAUUUCUUCUCAUGUCUUGCUUAUAACACUGCUGCUAAUACAGCCCAGAAUGUUUGCUUUUUUUGUAACAGUGUACAUUGUUGCCUCAUGUUUAGUUUGUGAUCCACUAUAACUGCCAGACCCUUUUCUGCAGUACUCCUUUCUAGGCAGACAUUUCCUAUUGUGUAUUUGUGCAAAUGAUUUUUCCUUUCAAGUGGAAUACUUUGCAUUUGUCCUUUCUGAAUUUCAUCCUAUUUAAUUCAGACCACUUUGUCAGAAUCAUUUCAAAUUCUAAUUCUUUCCUCCAAAGUACUUGCAACCCCACCCCCCACACCAGUUUGGCAUUGUCCACAAACUUUAUCAGUGUACUCUCUGUGCCAUUAUCUAAAUCAUUUAUAAACAUAUUGACUAGAACCAGACCCAGGACAGAAAUCAGCAGGAUCCAACACAAUAUGCCCUUCCAGCUCAAUUGUGAACCCUUGAUAACUACUCUGAGUACAGUUUUCUGGCCAGUUCUGUACCAACCUUAUAGUAGAUUUGUCUAGGUUAUAUUUCUCUAGUUUGCUUAGGAGAAGGUCAUGGGAGACAGUAUCAAAAGCUUUCUAGAAGUCAAGAUAUGAUAUCUACUGCUUCCCUCCAUCCACAAGGCUUGUUACCUUGUCGAAGAAGGAUAUUAGGUCAGUUUGACAUGAUCUGUUCUUAACAAAUCCAUGUUAACUGUUAUUUACCUUAUUUUCUUCUAGGUGCUUACAAACUGAUUGUUUAUUUGCUUCAUUAUUACUGUGGAUAAGAAGUUAAGUUGACUGAUCUAUAAUUCCCUGGGUUAUCCUUAUUCCCCAUUUUAUACAUUAGGAGAUGGGAUUGGUUCCCAGGAGCUUGUGGGAAGAGAUUGGUGGACCAUUAACCAAUUACUGUUGUUACUGGGCGUGGCUGUGUAUUUUCAUUGCAGUCACCUGAUGUUAGCAAAACAUAACAUAAGCUAACUCCAGGCCUGCCCUCUCCCUCAGGUUUGGUGACUGCUUUGUGGUGUGGCAAGUCUGAAGGGCG